GUUUCGUGAUUGUAGAAGCUUAUAAACUGAGAACACUAUAUUCAAACAGCAAAUUAUUGCAUUCAAGAUAUUUUACAAAUGAAGAUGUGUGUUACAGAGUUUGUACUUGUCAUUCACAUAUAAACAGCAGGAGUUCUACUUGGAUAAUAUUUCUUUUCGUAUACGUACUCUAGGAAACUUACAUUUUCCCCACUCGUAUACCAAGGAAUUAAAACCAACGUUUUAAACAGUGUUUGAGGAAGGUAAAUGUGUGUUAUUGCAGCCCUGUGCAUGGCCAUCAUUGUAGAACUGCCCCUGGCAAGGUCAUCCUCUCCAUCUGAGUUUAUGGAAUCCAUUGAUGGUUACAGAAGCGCUUGUAAAAAGCUUGGCCCGGAACCAAAAGAAGGGUGUUCCUCAAUUGGCGAUGUCAUUGCCUUCCACGCCGCCAUUAAAUCCCAUCUCAGUAAUGUUCCUGUCAACACAACCAUAAAAUUUGAGGAUGUUCUGCUGAAUAAAGGAAACGGGUAUGAUCCUCCAACAGGCGUUUUUACAGCACCAGAGGAUGGCGUCUAUUCCUUCAAGUGGACAUUUAUUUCGUCCAGGAAAUCAACAGUUUACUUAGAGGCAGUGGUAGAUGGAGCAUCAAAAGCAAAGAUCUGUGUGAAUGAUCAACAAAGUGCCCACAUUAACACCUCAGGACAUUUGCUUUAUGAACUGAAGAGUGGGAACAAAGUAUGGAUCAGAACUUUCUAUGUGGCGGCUGGAUACAUACAUGCUGACAAUUACACUUAUUUCUCAGGAUUCAAAAUUAGUUACGUCUAGCUCUAUAGCUAGGUAGGACAGCAGGAUACCGUAAAUAUAUUAUAUUUAGCGUGUUCAAUAUUUGGCAAAAUUGACGUUUAAACACGUAAGCGUAGAUUUGAUAUAGCCAGUUCCUAAUAUUCUUAUCUAUGUAACUUUAUAU